AUGGCUUCUUCCUCUUACAUGCCUCGGCGGAAGACAGGCGAAGAUCUGAGUAACUGGUCGGAGCAACCGCAGGAGCUGACGUUUUCGAUCAUGCUCCGGCUCGACGCGUUUGAGAUACUUGAAAACGCUCAGAAAGUGUGUAGCGCAUGGAGGCGCGUCUCUAAGAACCCUUUGUUGUGGCGGAAAAUCGACAUACGAAGCCGUAGAACCGUCGACAGUUACUACUUCGGUCGUAUGUGCCGUCAAGCCGUUGAUCGCAGCGAGGGCGGUUUGGUGGAAAUCAAAAUUGGCAACUUCGGGGGCGAUUCUCUCGUUAGUUACAUCGCUGACAGAUCGACUAAUCUGAGAAGCCUUCGACUUGAAUAUUACUAUCCGAUUACGAUCAAUGGAAAUGAAGUUUACUAUCCGUUCAGUGGACUUGUGAAUGCACUCGCAAAACUUCCAUUGCUUGAAGAGCUCGAGGUCUCACUCACAUGGACGUCAAAACUGAAUUUGAAAGCUAUAGGCCAUUCUUGCCCAAAGCUAAAGAUAUUGAAGCUAAACGGCUCAGGUUCCAACUCUAUUCGCCAACGUCAUGAUGAUGAUGAUGCAUUUGAAAUUGCUCAAAGCAUGCCUGAACUACGUCAACUCCAGCUGAUUGGGAACAAAUUAACUGACGCCGGUUUAACCGCCAUUCUUGACAACUGUCCUCACCUAGAACACCUUGAUUUGCGCAAGUGUUUGAACAUUAAGUUUUCCGGUGAUCUGGAGAAGCGAUGUUUGGAGAGUGUCAAAGAAUUUAUACCCCCCAAGGACUCAACCGCUGGUUGCCCAUUUCAUGGCGUUCUUUCCAAUACUGAUUCAGAAGAAGAAGAAUCUGAAGGUGACGACGAUUUAGUUGACAGUAGUGAAGAAGAAUCUGAAGGUGACGACGAUUUAGCUGACAAUGACGACGAUUUAGUUGACAGUAGUGAAGAAGAAUCUGAAGAUGAUGACUGUUCAAUUGACAGUGAUGAGUAA